AACAAAUUGUGUAGUAAAUGUUAAUAAGCUUUUUAUCCUUCCCUUCAUAAUAUAUAGUUCAAGUGCAUGCAGUGAUGAUGAGAACACCAAGCAAUGAUGAAAGUGGUUUGAAGAAAGGUCCAUGGAGUCCAGAAGAAGAUAAAAUAUUAGUGGAUCAUAUUCAGAAACAUGGCCAUGGAAGUUGGAGAGCUCUUCCAAAACUUGCAGGAUUGAAUAGAUGUGGAAAAAGUUGUAGACUAAGAUGGAAUAAUUAUCUAAGGCCUGAUAUUAGAAGAGGAAAAUUCUCUGAUGAAGAAGAAAGUCUCAUUAUCAAUUUACAUUCAGUUCUUGGAAAUAAGUGGGCAGCUAUAGCAACACAUCUUCCAGGAAGGACUGAUAAUGAAAUAAAGAAUUUUUGGAACACACAUUUAAAGAAAAAGCUAAUGCAAAUGGGUUUAGAUCCAGUGACACACAGGCCAAGAACAGAUCACCUAGACCUUCUUAACAAUCUUCAACAAAUAAUAUUGAAUGCUGCAAAUAUUGUCACUAAUUGUGACAUAAAUAAUGUUCUAAGGUUACAACAAUAUUCACAGCUUCCUCAAUGUUUGAUGAAUGAUGUUUUGGGAUUUAAUCAUAACAUGCAAAAUUUCUAUGAUGGUUCCAAUAUUGGUUUUUCUUCUCAAAUAAUUCACCCCAAUAAUUUGCAAAAUUUUCAAGCUCCUCUUCAGCAAUUUCUACCUCAAGAAUGUGAGUAUUUUCAGAAAUGUGAUGGUAAUACAAAUGUUUCUUCUACAAUAUCAUCAUCAAAUUCUCUUCCAAAGCUUGUUUCGGUCUCGCAACAUUCGCUAACAGGUAAGAUGGACGAAGAAAAUAUGAUAAAUGAAAAAGAUCAUAGUUAUAACAUUUCUUCAUCUAGCUUUGAAACAUGGGGAGAUUUUAUGAAUGAAGAUGCAAAUGAUGAUGCUUAUUGGAAAGAUUUCAUAGAACAACAUUCAAGCCAGCCAUAGUCUCAUGAAAGAUCACAUCAUUUUGAAGGGUCAAUAAUCACAUAAAUAAGUAUUGAGAUUUAUGAUAUAUUAUUAUAAGGAUCAAGACAUUGUUCAUUUAGGUGUAAUUGGUUGGUCCAUAUAUAUCUAUAUAAUGUAUUAUAUG